GAGGGAACCAGGCAGCACAGGAGGAUGGGAAGCAGCAGGAGCAGCAGCACGGGGAGCUUCAGGGUGGGGAGCAGCAGCAGCAGCUACAAGUGCCAGGAGGAGUGGGCGAGCGGUUGUUGCUGGAGGGUCUCCGAGUGUUCAUCUCAGUUGGCACCUCCCUCCGAGAAGACGUGGGCUCUCUAGCCAGGGCUCUGGGGGCUUGCGUGCUAACCCGCCUGCCAGCGGCCCCGUGUCCGGCUGCUCCGCUUCCUUCGCAGCAACCUUUAAAGACGGCGCGCACACUACCGCCAGCGGAUCUCAUCCUCGCACUGGGGAUGACGUCAGCACGCCAACCGUCAUCAUCGUCGCCAUCUGUCGUACCAACCACCGACAAUGGCGAGUCAGCGGCACCGCUGUUUGUGCUGCUAGAUCCGGACAUGGCGGCCGCGAGUGGCGGCGCUGCCGCUCGGCAGUUUUCAGCGCUGUCGGCGACGGCGGCGGCGCUUGGGGCGCCACUGGUGUCGUACAAGUGGUUGAUGGAGUGCGCUGGCGGUUACCGUUUGGUGCCGUACACUUCGUACAUUGUCACACGGCGGUAGUACGGUACAUACAAUUGGAAGCGGAUACUGGUAGUGUGCGGGAGAGAGUGAUGGAGGCAAGGGAUAUUGCGGGGUUUUGAGUGUCUGGCGGGGCCUUCGUGAGUGCAUGUGUGUGUAGACCUAGUGAGCCACGUAUCUCCUUAGCAAUGAGGUUUCAUGGCGUUGAGGUUGAUAAAGAGUAUGGCCGGGUGGACGGCAACGCUUACGAGAGGUAUGUCCAAAACAUCUGUGACGGCGUACAUGCAUGAUCAUAAUGCAGGUUGGAGAACUGUUUGCUGCGCGCGGCUGCCCAUUGCGCCCUGUGCGGCACGUGGGAGGGUCCCGUGAUCGGUAUGCAAGCAUGCAGGUAGCGCAAUUAUGGCAUUGUUGCCGUUGCUGUGUGGUGGAAGCAGGUAUGCUGGUACGAGCGAGCAACCCACGCCACUGCUGCAUGCAUUGUGGACGGGGGAUGUCCAUUUGCACCGGCAGCAUGCACGUGUACUGAAGUUGCGGGUUAUACAGCAGCGUUGCGUCGAGUACUGGGUUGCAGUCGAGUACUCGUUGGGAUGCCGGCAGGAGGGCAUCUUGACCCCUUUGUUGCACAAGCUAGUGGGGUAGUUGAUGCAUGUUGUGGACUCAGCAACGGUUGUUGCUAAGUUGUUGCUAGCGCUCAUGGGGGGAUAAUGAGCCCACUUCGGCCUGAUUUGUCGUGAUUACGCCAAUGUUGCCGUCCUAUGCAACUCCUUUCCGGCAGGUUUCUCAGGAAACCUGUUUUCCGGGAAGCGGAGGCUCGCUGUUGCCAUUUGCCAGGGGUUGAUGGGAUCUGUGGAAUUGUGUAGGAGCCACCUGCAAGUGCUGUGGCCUGUGCCUGCAAAAUUGCUGCUUGGGUCAAGAAGGCGCGAGGCGUUUGGGUUACUGAUUGAAGACUACAGACAGGGC